CAUCCUCAAUCAUCCACAAUUUCCUUUUAUCUACACGCUCCUUCACUAUGAGCAACAGCCGAUCUCUCCAUCGAAGUGGCAAUACUUUCGAAUCAAGGGCUCCACGGACGAAUAAUAUAAGGGGCCGAGCUAGGAACUCCCAUACUCCAUCGCCUCCCAAGCAAGAACUAGGAAUAGUGCACGAUUUGAUGCAGCUGAUUGACGACAUCGACAGGUGCAACAUCUCUGGGAACAACAACCGGCGCACUUCACAAGGCAGACCACCUUACGUUCCUGACAGCUGGCUCACUGAUAAUACUACGGAAGAAGCCAGAGAGCCAAGGCGCCAAGUAUGCCGUGGAAAAGAGUUAACUGGCGCGCGGUGCACUUCGAUAUGCUUCGACGAAACGGAUAUCCCAGGAAACGGAAGAUACUACUGCAAGCGCCAUGAUCCUCGCCGCCGAUGUCAAGGAAUCAACGUGUCAAAAAACAAUGAACCGUGUAAAGUCAUCUGCUCCAAUAUUGCGGUGGUCGAACCAAAUACCAAAUAUUACUGUUUUCAACACGACCCAUGGAAUCGCAGCUUUCAGUGCCAAGGAUUUACCAAGAAAAGAAGUCGAUGUGCAAUCAUUUGCUCGGUAUCAGAACGGUACAACGGGGUUCCUUACUGCAAUCGGCAUAGCAAUCAACGUCGGAGUUAAUAAAAUAGCUUUAUUCGCUGUGG